AUGACACCACAAACUGGAACCUCCAGUCGCCACCGCGCCAGACCCACCACCGCCCUUCUCCUCUUUUUCUGGGUCCUUCUCAUUUUAGCUCCGACUACCCUAUGUCUUCACCUUCCCCCGCCGCCCCCGCCGUCAAGGAAAUUAGCCCGGUUCUCCACGGCGUCCUUUCGCCAUGCACCACCUACAACUACAACUUCCCCAGCUGAGCUUCUCGACCGCCGUCAGCCCGCCUCCGCGUACCGCGAAGACAAGAGGUUAAUUCAUACGGGUCCGAAUCCUCUUCACAACUAA